CAAAUAGCAGCCCAGAGAAGGGGGAAGAGAAAAAGCAAAGAGGCUAUUCAUAUUCAUAUCAGUUUCCACUUUGCAUCAGGCAGCUGUUUGCUCUGUUGCUUACUUAGAGUGAGAUCACCAUUCCAUUUCUGAAGUUAAAUAGCUUUCCCGCUAAAGUAGAGAGGAUAUCGUUCAUGGGUAAUGUUUAACUGAAGAUGACGGGUCGUUGGACAACAUGUUGCAAUAAAAAAAAAGUAACCAAGAAUGAAUUACAUGAAUUGGACUCUGUGGCAGAGAACAAGAAGGAAAAGAUGCAAAUGAAGCAAGAAAUCACCUUGCUUAAUGGCAUUUCUUUAAUUGUAGGGAACAUGAUUGGAUCAGGGAUAUUCGUAUCACCCAAGGGUGUGCUAAUGUAUAGUGGCUCGUAUGGACUUGCACUCCUCCUCUGGGCCCUUGGUGGGAUCUUCUCCUUGUUUGGAGCGUUGUGUUAUGCUGAACUGGGGACAUCCAUAAUUAAAUCAGGAGCAAGCUAUGCCUAUAUUCUAGAAGCUUUUGGAGGAUUUAUAGCUUUUAUCAGACUAUGGUCUUCCUUGUUGAUCAUUGAACCUACCACUCAGGCAGUCAUAGCAAUUACUUUUGCUAAUUAUAUUGUUCAGCCAAUAUUUCCAUUCUGUGAGCCACCCUAUGGAGCAGUUAGGUUGAUUGCAGCCGCCUGUAUCUGCUCUCUGACUUUUAUUAAUUGUGUCAAUGUGAAGUGGGGAACCCGAGUACAGGAUCUUUUCACAUAUGCAAAAGUGAUGGCUCUUAUUACGGUCAUAGUUGUGGGGCUUUAUAAAAUUAGUCAAGGAGAAACUGAAAACCUUAAGGAACCGUUUGAAGGUUCCACAACAAAUGCAGGAUUUGUUGCACUUGCUCUUUAUUCUGCCCUCUUUUCCUACUCUGGAUGGGACACAUUGAAUUUUGUCACAGAAGAAAUGAAAAACCCAGAAAGAAACCUUCCGCUUUCCAUUGCCGUAUCAAUGCCUAUAGUGACUAUUAUUUACUUGUUGACCAAUGUGGCCUACUAUGUCGUGUUGGACAUGCCUGCUCUCUUAGCAAGUGAUGCGGUGGCUGUGUCAUUUGGUAAUGAAGCUCUUAGCCACGCUAAGUGGAUCAUCCCUAUUGCAGUGGCAAUGUCUUGUUAUGGAGGAUUAAACUCAUCAAUUAUUGCAGCUUCAAGACUUUUUUAUGUUGGAGCUAGAGAAGGACAUCUCCCUGAUAGCCUGAGCUUAAUUCAUAUAAAAUGUUUCACCCCUGUUCCUGCUCUUGUUUUUAAUGGUUUAAUGACUUUGAUUUAUCUCCUUGUGGAAGAUGUCUUUCUCCUGAUAAAUUACUACUGUUUCAGCUACUGGUUCUUUGUUGGACUAUCCAUUGCAGGAUUAAUAUAUUUAAGGUAUAUCCAGCCAGAUAGGCCAAGGCCAAUUAAACUCAGUCUGUUCUUUCCCAUUGUAUAUUGCAUAUGCACCAUUUUCCUGGUUAUAGUGCCUCUCUACAGUGAUACAAUCAAUUCUAUUAUUGGAAUUGGCAUUGCACUCUCUGGGAUUCCCGCUUACUUUUUGGGAGUUUAUUUACCAGUAGAAAAGAGACCUUGGUAUCUUCAGUGGCUUUCUGCUACCACCACGAAGUAUGCUCAGAUGUUAUUCUGUUGCUGUCUGACAGACUUGGACGUUGAAACAGAGGCACUGGAAAUCAAAGCAAAGUAGACUUAUUUGGACAAUUUCCACACUUCACGCAGCCAAGCAGCUGGAAAUCCUCCUCUGUGCUGUAGGGUGU